UAGUAACUAAAAAUUUUUUGUGUUGGAGCAGGUAGUUAACAAUUUAUUACUUUAUUCGAUUCGAUCCGUAAAUAUAAUAUUGUUGAUUUAAUAAAUAUUGUGGACGUUUUUACUAUAUAAAUUGCUACAUGGCAAAUUAUUUGACAGAUGUUCCAAUUUUUUUUUGACAUUUUAAUUUAUAAUAUUUAAUAGAAUUGAAACAGUUAACUGACUUGCUCUAGAAUUCCCAAGGAAACUAAACUUUUUAACUUCAAACAGUAAUCACUGCUGAAACUAUCGAGAUGUCAGUAUUAAAUCAAAGUGGUGAGGAGCAGGUGGAGUGUCCUCUUUGUAUGGAACCACUCGAGGUUGAUGAUCUUACAUUCUUUCCCUGUACCUGUGGUUAUCAGAUAUGUCGUUUUUGCUGGCAUCGUAUUAGAACAGAUGAAAAUGGACUGUGUCCAGCUUGUCGUAAGGCUUACUCCGAGGAUCCGGCUGAUUUCAUCCCUUUGUCCCAGGAGCAGAUGGCUAAGCUAAAAGCUGAAAAACGUCAACGCGACCAACAGCGUAAAGCUAAGCUUACUGAAAGCAGGAAGCAUUUGGCUAGUGUUAGAGUAGUGCAACGGAACUUGGUCUUUGUCGUUGGGCUACCAAUGAGAUUGGCGGAUCCGGAGGUCCUUAAAAGGCAUGAGUAUUUCGGUAAAUUUGGGAAAAUACAUAAGGUGGUAAUAAACCAAUCGACUUCGUACGCUGGCUCGCAAGGGCCCAGUGCAAGUGCCUAUGUAACCUACAUGAAAAGUGAUGACGCUUUAAGGGCCAUUCAAAGUGUCAAUAAUAUUACUAUAGACGGUAGAGUGAUAAAAUCAAGCUUAGGUACUACGAAAUAUUGUUCCCAUUUUAUGAAAAAUCAAACUUGUCCCAAGCCAGAUUGUAUGUACCUUCAUGAUUUUGGUGAUCCUGAGGCCAGUUUCACCAAGGAGCAGAUGCACGCCGGUAAACAUCAGGAAUAUGAAAAGAAAUUACACGAAAACCUACUUUUACGUACCGCCAACAAUAACAACAGCGAAAAUUCUAAACCUUCUUUACCUAUACCCACAACGAACUCGACAGUUAAAUCAUCUUCCAAAGAUAACACUGCGCUAUCGAGCAGUGUUAGUAGCAGUAGUAGUACAACUUCGAAUAGUAGUGGAACGAAUAAAGAAAAUUGGCCACACCUGAAUACGGAAAAGGAAAAAAAGGAUAAAGAAAAAGGCAAAAAGAGUAAGGGAAAAGGUGAAACUAGUGUUAGGAAAGGAGAUAGGAAAGAGGCGUUUAGUAGUGGUAAAAGUGAUAGUGGAUUUAGAACGGAAGUAAAACAGGAUAAACCUUCAUCGCCGCACCUAAGUGAACAGACGGCAACACCUUCACCGCCGACGUUACUGGAGCCCCAAAUAUCGUUUUCCAAACUUCCAGCAUCCAUAAUAGAUGAUAAUACUAGUUUCUUUUCUAUAAAUUCCUUCCAGAAAUUACCCCACACCAGUAAUAGUGAAUCUGAUCAAAAUUCAGUGCCGGAACAAGCAACUGAAACGGAAAGCGAAACUCAUCCAUCUAGUAUAUUAACGGACACAUUGCCAAAUAUAAAUACAACUGAAGAUUGGGCGGCGGCAUUUGGAUUCUCUAGAAAUUCGGAAAAUAAUUUAGAAAAAUUAGAAGAAAAAGAUGUAUUAGAUCCGUUCAGAAAAAGUUUCGGCGUAAUAAACGAUGCAGCAUUCAGUAAAGGAGUCGAGUCCUACAACAACGGUCUUUAUGAAAUAUCGCCGAAAAUUCAAGAAAACAUUCUGGAAAUGCUUUCAGGCAAAACACCCGCUACUUUCCCAAGCUAUAAAACGUCUCCAUCACAACCUUCAGUUCCUCCGGCCCAUACGCACAACGGUAUUAACGGAUUAGAUCAAAAUAUGUCAAAGUUCUUCAUGGAUUUCCAUAAAAAUAAUAAAGAUGUAGGUACAGCGGGUCAACAGCAUCAGUUUAACGGUUUCAACGGCGUCCAUCAAGGAAUUCAAGGAUAUUUUUCUGGAAUCCAAAACAGUUCGGAUAGAGUUAUGUUAUUACAACAGAAACAUUUAGAAGAACAACUAUUGAAUCUUAGUUUAAAACAAAGGUAUGGUAGUAAUUCAAAUUCGGUAUAUCAAAACGGUGUGAAUCCACCAAUAUAUAUGAACGAAGAUAACGGAGGAUUCGGAAACGUACACCCGCCAUUAUUUAAUAGUUCAUCAAAUAUUAAACAGAAUAAUAGAAGUACGGAAGAUGAAUUAGGAUUCGAUCCUUUCCAAGAAACACAGAAAGCGUUUGCGGAUUUAAUGGCCACCGAACAGAAUCAAAAAUCACACAAUAGUAAUAUAGGUCGUAGUCAAAUUAACGGGGUAAAUCUCAAUCAGAACGGCCACGUGCCGCCUCCGCCUCCCGGUUUUGUCCAAACAAAUUCCUCACAUAUGAAUUCUUUCGGUAGUAAAAUUUUACCUUUCCUAAAUAUGUCUAAUAGUCAACAACAAAUAAAUAAUUCGACGCAAAAUAAUUGGCCUAGUAAUUAUAAUUCGCAACCGCAACAACAGAAAAAUAUAAGCAACUCGUGUAACGAUUGGAAGGUGUUAGAUCCGGCGAUCUUGUCCUCUAGCCGCCAUUAUCCCUUAGCAAAUAUGCCUCAACUUAGAGAUUAUACAAAUUUAUCACAAAUAGGUACACAACAACAGAUACAGAACGGGAGUGCGCCCCCAUUGCGAACAUACGAAUAUACAAAUAACGCAUUCUCCAAUUUUACGCAACAGUUACAGCCAAAUUUCAAUAAUUUCUCACAUAUGAAUUCACAACAGAAUCUGAAUUGGUUUAGCAACGAUUUAAAUUCACAAAUAUCCAGUCCACCCGGAUUCAGAAAUAACCCGGCGACCAAACAGCAAGAGUGUUGAGCGAUUUUUGUUUUGUUUUUUUUUUAUCAUGAAAAAAUAAUAAUAAUAAAACGCAACGUAUGGGUCUCA